CUGUCAAUAAUGGCCAGCUCAGAAGAGAAAAACACGUGUUCCGUUAAAUCGACCAAUUCUGACGACAAACGCCCACAAUUUGGAAACAGAUUUCUGACCAAUCCACAAAAUGUCUUCGAACACAACGCAUGGGAUGAUGUCGUGUGGGGUGAGGAUCAAGAAACAGAGGCCAGGCAGGUGACAGAGGAGCAAAUUAAACACCGAUUGGAUGCAAACACAAAAGAAAAAUAUGAAACGGAAGCAGGAGAGUACUGGAACAGUUUUUAUGGACAACAUCAAAAUAGAUUUUUCAAAGACAGACAUUGGCUCUUUACAGAAUUUCCAGAGUUAGCUACUGCAAAUUGUCAUGGAAACAAGAAAGAUAACUCUACAGAUUCCAGUAAUCAAAUGGAAGAAGCUAAAGUUGACAUAAGUGAAAAUGAAUUGAGUACAAGUGAAUCAUAUCCUGGGGAAAAUGCAAAAUUUCGAAUUCUUGAAGUUGGUUGUGGUGUUGGCAACACAGUUUUCCCAGUGCUACAAACAAACAAUGGUCCAGAUCUAAUGGUGUACUGCUGUGAUUUCUCAUCAACUGCCAUUCAGAUAGUCAGGGAGCACGUUGAUUACGAUGUCUGCAGGUGUCAUGCCUUCGUCUAUGACAUCACGUCAGACUGGCCACUACCAUUCCCUCACAAUUCGCUUGAUGUCAUCACUCUCAUCUUUGUCUUAUCAGCAAUUAGCCCAGAUAAGAUGCAGCAGGCUGUCACACGAUUGGCUGAACAUCUCAAACCAGGAGGUGUCAUUCUGUUUAGAGACUAUGGCAGAUAUGACAUGGCGCAGCUCCGCUUUAAAAAAGGUAGAUGUCUGUCGGAGAACUUCUAUGUACGAGGGGAUGGAACAAGGGUUUAUUUCUUCACGCAAGAUGAACUCCGCAGUUUGUUUACAAAAGCUGGUCUUCUUGAGGAACAGAACAGUGUUGACAGACGUCUGCAGGUGAACAGGGGGCGGCAACUAAAGAUGUACCGGGUGUGGAUCCAAUGUAAAUACAGGAAACCAUUAGGGCAGGCAACUGAAGAUGUACCGGAAGUGGAUUCAGUGUAAAUACAAGAAGCUAUGAAGGCAGGCAACUGAAGGUGUACCAGGUGUGGAUUCAGUGUAAAUACAGGAAGCCAUGAAGGCAGGCAACUGAAGGUGUACCAGGUGUGGAUUCAGUGUAAAUGCAGGAACCUGUCAGAGCAGGCAACUGAAAGUGUACCGAAGGUGGAUUCAGUGUAAAUACAGGAAGCCAUGAGGGCAGGCAACUGAAGGUGCACCAGGUGUGGAUUCAGUGUAAAUACAGGAAGCCAUGAAGGCAGGCAACUGAAGGUGUACCAGGUGUGGAUUCAGUGUAAAUGCAGGAAGCUAUGAGCGCAGGCAACUGAAGGUGUACCAGGUGUGGAUUCAGUGUAAAUGCAGGAAGCCAUGAGCGCAGGCAACUGAAGGUGUA